AAUGAAGAAAAAAUAAUUGGGAAGUUAACCUGCGGAAGCAAAGUUGCUUAGGCGAUUUCCAUUGACACGUAGUUGCGCUGCGAAGAAUCCAUGGAAAUGAUAAGCAACAAGCUUUUCUUCUUUUCAACGCUGUUUCUUCUCUACGCAUUUACCAACGCCACCGACAUUAAAUUUUGCGAUAAGAAAGGUGUCUAUGAUGUUGAUGUCAAAGGAGUGGAAAUAUCCCCUGAUCCCAUCGUAAGAGGCCAGCCUGCUACGUUCAGCAUCGCUGCAACUGCAGAUAAAGCAUUAUCUGGAGGAAAGCUAGUGAUUGAAGUGUCUUAUUUUGGAUGGCACAUACACAGUGAGACCCAUGACCUUUGUGGAGAAACUACUUGCCCUGUUUCAGUUGGUGAUUUCGUCAUUGCUCAUUCACAAGUUUUACCUGGAUUCACUCCACCUGGUUCAUACACUUUGAAGAUGAAGAUGUUUGAUGGAAACCAGCAUGAGUUAACUUGCAUUACAUUUGGUUUUAAUAUUGGGCUUGGUUCUUCUGUGGCUGAUAGUUAAUAUACAUUGGUCGUUGAAUUCUAUGCUCAGAUACAGAUCUAUAUAAAAUAUUUGUACAAACUGCAAACUACCCUUGUAUUAUCAAAUCCUUCUUCUAUAAUCCAAUAGGACCAGUAUCUGGAUUAAGAAUCAGAAAAAUGUCUUGGUACUUUCUGGGAUUAGAAAACACAAAAUAUCUGCUUCAUUAUUUAUUUUCCAAUCUCCUGGCUACACACGGAAGGUAGAUCAUUGUGUAAUGUUAUCUAUUUAUUUUGACUAUGCUCUGAGGGUGUUAUCAUGAUGUAAUAAUAUAUCCGUCCUUAAAUGUAAAA